AUGGCGUUCCGUGCUCCUCUACGACUGCAAUUGGCAAAUUGCAAGCCAUGCCUGGCCGUUACCUCACGCAUCAACACCCGUGCGCUCUCCUCUGCGACAGCCGCUGCCUCGAGCCUCCCGGAGGACGUGAAGAGCAACAUCACAACUCAGGCCUCUGUGCCAAACCCGGACCCGACCGAAGACUCGGCGAGCGCUGCCCUCGUCCGCGAACAUGCGCCGUACAUGGUUGCCACCUACGCCCGCCCGCCGCCGGUAUUCGUAAAGGGCCAGGGAUCUGUGCUCUGGGACGUUGAGAACAGGCAAUACCUCGAUUUCACCGCUGGCAUCGCUGUAAAUGCUUUGGGACACUGCGACCCCGAGCUGACCAAGCUCAUGACCGAGCAGGGAAGCACCCUCAUGCACGCCUCGAACCUCUACUACAACCCCUGGACCGGCGCCCUUUCCAAGCUGCUGGUCGAGAAGACCCGCGAGGCGGGCGCCAUGCACGAUGUCAACUCGGUCUUCGUCUGCAACUCGGGCUCCGAGGCCAACGAGGCCGCCAUCAAGUUCGCCAGGAAGGCCGCCAAGGUCAGCCAGCCGUCGGGCGACAAGUACGAGGUUGUUUCGUUCAACAACGCUUUCCAUGGCCGGACGAUGGGCAGCUUGUCCGCCACCCACAACCCCAAGUACCAGGAGCCCUUUGCGCCGAUGCUGCCCGGUUUUAAGCUCGGCGCAUUCAACGACGUUGCGGCCAUCAACGACGUCGUCACGGACAAGACCUGCGGAGUCAUUGUUGAGCCCAUCCAGGGCGAGGGUGGUGUCACGCCCGCGACGGAUGAGUUUUUGAUCGCUCUGGCCAAGCGCUGCCGCGAAGUCGGCGCCGUCCUGAUCUACGAUGAGAUCCAGUGCGGUCUGUCCCGUACCGGUACCUUCUGGGCGCACACCCACCUGCCCAAGGAGGCCCACCCGGAUAUCAUCACCACCGCGAAGGCGCUGGGCAACGGCUUCCCCAUCGGUGCCACCAUUGUCAACCACAACGUCUCGGAGAAGAUCAAGGUGGGCGACCACGGUACCACUUUCGGCGGUAACCCUCUCGCCUGCCGCUUGGCUCACAACAUCGUCUCCCGCCUCGCCGACCCCGGCUUGCAGAAGGCCGUUGCCGCCAAGGCCGAAAUCUUCAAGACUCGCUUCGACUCCCUGCGCAAGCGUUUCCCCGACUUGAUCAAGGAGGUUCGCGGACGUGGUCUUAUCCUCGGUCUCCAGCUCACCCAGGACCCCUCACCCAUCGUCAAGGCUGCCCGUGAGCGUGGUCUGCUGAUCAUCACCGCCGGCACCAACACUCUGCGUUUUGUGCCUCCCUUGACUAUCACGGAGCAGGAGAUCAAGCAGGGUUUGGAUAUCCUGGAAGAGGCUAUCUCUGUCACCCACUCAUGA